AGACAGCAUCAGGCCUGCGCUUGACCAGUGUCGAUACUUCGCGCCACUGUGAAUUGUUGCAAGAUGUCGGAACGUGAGGUGCCGAUUCAGAAGAACGAAAUGUCGAUCUUAGACAACGAGUUCUCUUCGAUCCGAGAGAAAUUCGAGGCCGAGAUGAACAAAAUGGAACAGGAAAUGGCCAGGUUCCGGAGCAUAGUGCUGGAUCACGAGAAGAAUAUCUUCAACAAGGCGAUCGAGCCCGGGACGCCGGGGAGCUCGCUCUUCCCCGAGAGUGGAAUGGCAUCGCCCUUGAUCCAGGAUGGAGCUCAGGGCAAAGAACUCAAGCUCCGCUUUGAUGUUUCCCGCUAUGCACCCGAGGAGAUUGUAGUUAAAACCGUGGAUAAUCGCAUACAGGUGAGUGCGAAGCACGAAGAGAAAUCGGAGAACAAAUCGGUUUAUCGAGAGUACAACCGGGAGUUUUUGCUGCCACGCGGAUUGGAUCCUGGGAACAUCACGUCGAACUUGUCCAAAGAUGGAAUCCUGACGAUCCAGGCCCCGCUACCCGCGAUCGAGCCCGGACCCGGCGGACCUCUCAGUAUGCCUAUACGUCAGAGCUGAAUGUGGAGCCAACGACCUUGUGGUACGCCUGCCCGUGAAAACCGAUCAUCGAGAGCCCGCGCGGCUCCCGAAAGGAGUGCUGUUCAUUGAAUCUUCGGGAGCCCUGCUCCCUUAUGGCGAGUGUUUUUGAAUAUCCAUUAGGAGUACUCGCAGGAGCAACGAUGACGGGUUCAGGGCGGCACAAUAAUGUACAAAAUGGAUGAAUAAAGUUGUCUUGUGUG